GCACCCUCCACCUUCUACGGCGGCCGCCUGUCUCUUCAUCGACUUGUUCUUUUGCUUCCACGAAGCUCCACAUUCUUUACUUUGCUUGUCUGCUUUCUUUCCUUUCCCAGCAUCAAUAUGCGAUCCUUUUCUACCAUCGGAGCUGCGCUCCUUCCCUUAGCUGCUGCUGUGGGCGCCGUUGAGCUCAAGGUGGACGACGAGGCCUCGCUCAAGGCCGCCAUUUCACAGUAUGCCAAUGGCUUGAUGUCAUACUACUCGGCAAAUGCCUCGGGCCUUCCUGCAGAAGAGGUUGGCUACAUUCCCAAGCCUCACUACUGGUGGGAGUCUGGUGCUAUGUGGGGAGCUAUGGUCGAGUACACAAACAUUGUCGGCGACGAGUCGUACGUCAAGACAAUUCAACAGGGUCUGACUGCCAACUACGGUCCGGAGAAGAACUUCAUCCUGGACUACAAGCGUGACCAAACGGGCAACGAUGACCAGGCCUUUUGGUGUCUUGCGACCAUGUCGGCAGCAGAAUAUGGAUUCCCCGAGCCUGAGGAUGCGCCGGCGACCUACCUCGAAGUCAGCAAGAACUGCUUUAACAACAUCGUAUCUCGCUGGGACGAAUCGUCGUGUGGUGGAGGUUUGAAGUGGCAGAUCUACCCGGAGAACGACUACGGCUACAACUACAAGAACUCCAUCAGCAACGGUGCCACCUUUGCUCUCGGUGCCCGCCUCGCACGCUUUACUGGCAACCAGACCUACGCAGACUGGGCCGAGAAGAUCUACGACUGGGAGAAGAAGGUUGGCUUGAUUGGCGACAACUUCGAGGUCUUCGAUGGAACCGAUGACAAGACGGGUUGCAAGGAGGUCGCCGACAAGACGGAGUGGACCUACAACAACGCCAUGAUGAUCCACGGCUCUGCCUUCAUGGCUUCCUACACCAAGGACGACAAGUGGACGCAGCGCACCGAAGGCUUCCUAAGCCGCGCCGCCGUCUUCUUCAACAACCCCAAGCAGGUCAAGGACGUCAUGUUCGAGGUCUGCGAACACAGCGCUGGCGGCAAGAACUGCAACCUUGACCAGCAGUCGUUCAAGGCCUACCUCGGACGCUGGAUGGCCAAGACCGCGCUUCUUGUGCCUUCGACCAAGGACCAGAUCACCGAGUAUCUCACCACGUCUGCGUCUGCCGCGGCCAAGUCCUGCACUGGCGAUAACGGCGCCUGUGGUUCUCGGUGGUACCAGGAGUUCGACGGAGAGACCGGUGUUGGCCAGCAGAUGUCCGCAAUGGAAGUUACGCAGGCCUGCCUCAUGAUCAAGCAGGGCACGCUUCCCAACACUGGCGCAGAGUCCUCUGAGCCUGAGCCCAAGCCCUCAUCGUCUGCAGCCCCUAAAUCUAGUGAUGCGCCCAAGUCUACCAAGGCUCCCAAGUCUAGCGAUGCACCCAAGUCCGAGGAGGCUCCCAAGUCGAGCGACGCCGCCCCGCCGGCCAGCGAGGCUUCAGCUGGAUAUCCCACUGGUGCCCCGGCCGCCAACGCAACCUCCAGCCAGUCCGACAAUGGUAGCGUCCCCACCGACAUCCCUCAGCUGUCCUACUCCGGCGGUGUCUACGCUCCCAUCGAGACCCCUGCCCCUACGAGCACUCCCACAAGCAAGCCGGGCGGUCAAUUCGGUGAGGUCCACAACUCCACGGCAAAGGCCUGCACCUGCACUGGGAAGAAGACGACCACCGUCUACGUCAACCCGCCCACUGAGGCCACGCCGCCACCUGCAGCCCCUCCGGCAACGAACUCGACUCCUACCGUGGUCCCAACCGGUGCUCUUCCUCCUUCACCACCACCGCCUGCCAACAGCAGUGGCGUCGAAGCCUUCCCCGGCGCUGCGUCCAACGUCAAGAUGGGCGCAAGCACUAUGUUUGCUGCGGCUGGCCUUGCGGUCUUUGCUGCGCUCUUGUAAAUGGCUGAAACGUACAUAUACCUGGGUCAAUUUUUGGAGUGGGCCCCUCCCUUCUCUCCAUCCAUGACGGAUCUUGUUUCUUUGUUAGAUAUCCCUUUCCAUUCAUUGCAUAGCAUGUAAUACUCCAAUCCAGCAUAGGACUGCAUAGGAGGCGUUUUCGAUUUGAGGCUUGGCCCCACGGUACAUUAUAGAGAAAAGGGUCCAGCCCCAGAGGGUCUGGCACCAUAAUUUAUUCGGUGAAAUC